AUGACAUCAAUCAUGGAAAUGCCGGAUCGUGUACUGGAAAAAUUUAUACGAUUUUCAGAUUUCAAAGCUGUUUUGUCCCUUCGCCAAGUGUGUCGAGAUUUUCGAAAUUUUAUUGACGAUUUGGAAGAUUCAAAAUUGCCAGAUUCGGAAUUCGAGCAAAUUGAAAUUAUUUCUGAAAAUAAGGAAAAGAAUAUAGUUUUGCAAUUUAUGGAUCCCAAAUUUACUUUCUAUCGCAUGGAGUAUUCUGCAUCUGAAAAUUGUAGAAAAUUCCAAGAGAAGAAGACAAUUUUGGAGAACUCGAAUAUUGUGGAUGUGGCGAUUCGAGAUCUGGAAUUGAUUUUGAAAUUUCAAAGGUACAAUUUCGAAGUGUUAACUUUAUCUUUGGAUGAUUGUCAGCUUCAAAAUAAGCUGAGCAAUAUGCUCAGUGCAUCCGGUCAGAUAAUCAAAACAAGGCACAUAAGUAUAACAGUGUUCCAUCACUCUCAAGUACUUUCGAUGUUAGGAUGUACUGAUCCACAAACUCUGGAGGUUCUCGAAUUACAUUCAGUGGAUAAUAAUUUGGGAAUUGAUAUUGAUGAAAUUGUUAAAACUGAGCACUGGAAAAAAGCAAUAGAAGUUGUUUGUGAUAUGCAUUUGUUGAAUUUGAGAGCAGAAGACGUCUGUCAUUUUUCAUCAAUUUCUUUGAAAACGGAUUCAUUCACUGCUAGGGAUUUGGACACUUUGAAAAAGACUUUUCUCAAUUUUUCUAAACUCGAGUAUUGGUUUUUCGAUUUGAAAAGUUUCAACGAAACCGACGAACUUUCUAACUUGUGGGGUCUUCCGUUUAUCUCUGGAUUGUCAAGAACUUGGUAUUUUCGAAUCAAGGACUCGGAGAAGAAAAUUCUGCUAAUCCAGAUUCUUUCUCAUCGCCAUCCGAUGUUGCAAGAAUAUUGUGCCACGUAUUUUUAUAUCAUUGAAGUUGAAGAUGUUCCAGAAGGAGCGAUUGUACAUGAUUAUAAAAAAAAAGAUGAAUAG